AAGAAGAAACAGAGAGAGAAACAGAGAGGGGACACUUUUGAUGUUCUUUUGUGAAAACAUCUUAAUUACAAAAGACUUAAAAACAGGGCAAAAAGGGAGACAGGAGAGAAGGAGAGAGACGGAGGGAAGGAGAGAUAACUAGUAAGGAAAGAGAAACAGAGAGAGAAAGAGAGGGAGAGAGAGGUGAGAGAGAGAGAACAUUCCUCCUGUUGUACCUGGACAAGGGGAGGAGCAAGGCUUGUCAGCAAAGUAAGACAAGGCGGGGUGAGAGAGAGAGAGAGAGAGGGAGGGAGGAACAGUGGAGGGAGGGUGGCUGAGAGACAGAAAUCACAAAGCCUCUCGAGUGUUUUAGUCCCAGCCGCUUGUCAGACAGGGUGAGGAGAUCCAGGAGGGCUGCAUACCGCAAUCAGAGAGAGAGAGAGAGAGAGAGAGAGAGAGAGUGAGAGAGAGACAGAGCAGUCACUGUCAGCGCCAUCUCUCCCCCCUUAUCGCUCCCCUUGUGAACUCCUGCGCAACUCCUGCUCUGACAACAACUCCGCGCUGCCGGCUCAGCCUCCAUUUCCCUCUGCUCUUAUUCUCCUCAAGAACAACUCCACAAACCCGGAGCCUGGGACUUAUCCGGAAAAACAAGGGGCGAACGACCGGUUUCAGAAGGGGAACGUUUUCAACACCAGGGCGGCGCCAGUGCCAUGCUCCCUGUGACCUGGGCCUGAAACCGCGUACCGGAGAUGGAGCUGAAGGUGUGGGUGGAUGGAGUGGUGCGGGUGGUGUGUGGCCUAUCGGAGGACACGUCCUGCCAGGAUGUGGUCAUCGCCCUGGCCCAGGCCAUUGGUCAGACUGGCCGUUACGUUCUGAUCCAGAGACUGAGAGACUCGGAGAGGCAGCUGCUGGCCAAUGAGAGGCCCCUGGAGUCCAUGGCGAAGCUGGGGCAGCUGGGAAACGAAGUCCAGUUCUUCCUGCGGCGCACGGGCCCCAGCAGCAGCGACGGGCCCCAGCAGCCCCGGGGCCCCGCCCUGCCCAAGCUCUCCGAGCCCGAGCCCCCCAAACGCAGGGAGCCCAAGAAGUCCCUGACCUUUAACCUGGGGCCCAGCAGCUCCCCCAAAUCCAAGCUCAAGCACUUCAAGAAGCCGGCGCACCGGGACUCGCCCGAGCAGGCCAGAGCGUCCCCCGCGCCGGGUGCCGUGCCGACCACAGGGGGCCCACCCCCUGCCGCCCCCGGCCCCGCCCCCGCCCCCGCCGCCGGCCCGUCGAAGGAGGAGGUGUUCCGGAAGGUUCUGCAGCAGCAGGAGCGCAUGCAGGCGCUGGAGGCGCAGCUGGACGUGCUGCAGGAGGAGGUGCGCGUGUGGGAGCAGCCCCCCCCCGCCGCGGCGUCUCAGCGCGAGGAGGCGCGGCUCCUGGAGCAGGCGGUGCGGCGGAACGAGGAGGAGCUGGCGCUGGAGGAGGCGCUGGAGCGGGAGCUGCAGGCGGAGGCGGAGGCGGAGCGGGGCCUCCGCGGGCGCCUGGGCGAGCUGCGAGCCAAGAUGGACGACUGCGGCCGGCGCCUGAGCGACUUCACCGCGCGCUCCGCGCAGCUGGAGCGCCAGAUCCGCCAGGAGGGCCGGCACACGCCCCGCCCGCGCGGCCCCGUCCCGGAGGAGCAGCUGGACUCCCUCAGGGCCGAGCUGCACACCCAGCAGCACCAGGGGGCCGAGCUAGAGGGGUCCGUCACCGACAUGGAGCGGGCGCUGGGGAAGGCUGAGGCUCUGCUGCAGGCUAAGAACGAGGAGCUGGACGAGCUGAACAAGGAGCUGAGACAGUGCAACCUGCAGCAGUUCAUCCAGCAGACGGGCGCCCUGCCCAGCCAAUCACAGACGCGCACAGACCUCCAGGAGCAGCUGGAACAGCUGGAGCAGCUGGAACAGCUGGAGCAGCCGGAGCAGCUGGACGGAUACAGCAACGGUGGCUCCUUGUCGUACCCCUCCGAGUCGCCCCCCCGCCCCACGGCCAAGCAGUUCAUGGGGAACCCCCGAAACCUGCAGAACCCCCUGGUGUCCAGUCUGAACCCCGAGGUCUUGACAUCCAGGGAGUCGUCUUGGAGAUAAAACAGGAAUCGCAAGUCCAAGGAUUUGUUCACUGUUCGCUCAUUAUUUCACACAUAUGUUUAACCCACUGUUGUUAUUAUAUGUAUAUAUAUAUAGCAAAACAUGUAUUUACUGUAAAAUAUUUUAUGAAACUUAUUUUGUGAAUUAUUGUGUGUAUAUACACAUAUAUACAUAUAUAUAUAUAAAAUAAAGGUUGUCACUUUGUGAAACAGAUGACUCUG